AUGAUCACUUUGAUCGUCAUCUGCCUCGUGGUGGCCACUUUCUAUUGGUGGCUUCGGUGCAAGUUCAACUACUGGAAGCGCCAUGAUUUCGACCAACUGGAACCAACCAUCCCUGUUGGCAACUUCGGCCCCUUUUUCCGGCAACGGUUGAGCAUCAACGAAAACUACCUGCAGAUGUACGAACGCAGCCGGCACUUGCCCCUGGUUGGGAUCUACAUUUCUCUGCGUCCAGCGCUGCUGGUGAACGAUCCAGAGCUGGUGCGGAACGUGCUGGUUCGUGACUUUGAAUACUUCCACAAUCGUGGGUUUUGCCUCAACGUGGACAAAGAUCCGCUGAGUGAGCAUUUGUUUGCGCUGCAAGGAGAUGACUGGAGGUAUCACCGAUCUCGGCUUAAUCCGGCGUUUGGGACUAAUAGGCUGCGAGAAAUGGUGCCAAAUAUGGUGAAGAUCAGUCAGGUGCUACAGGAGCAUGUUGGAAAGUUUGCUGAAUCUGGAGCGCAAGUGGAUGUUCGAGAGAUCAUGUCAAGGUAUUACAUCGAUUUGAUCGCGUCCGUUGGGUUCGGAGUGGAGAUUGACAGUAUCAACAACAGUUCGCAUGAGUUCCGCCAGAUGUCCAUCAAAGUUUUGGAACCCACGUGGAAGAACGUACUGCGACUCGGGAGUACCAUCUUUAUGCCUAAAGUCAAGGAUUGGCUAGGGUUCAAAAUGAUUGCUCAGGAAGUUGAGGAUUUCAUGUUGAACCUGGUCAACUCCAUAGCGCAAGAACGGGAAAAGAGUGGUACAAUCCGGAAAGACAUCAUGCAACUGCUGCUACAGCUUCGUAACACCGGAAGCGUUUCCACGAACGAGGACCGGUGGGACGUAGGAAUGUCCACAAGUGCCAAAAUGCUCUCUUUUGAGCAGAUCACAGCACAUGCUUUGGUAUUCUUUGUUGCCGGGUAUGAAACAUCAGCGUCCACCAUCACAUUCUGCCUGUACGAGUUGUGUAGAAAUCCAGCCAUUCAGCGAAAAGUUCAGCAAGAAAUCGACGCUGUAAUCGACGAUCAUUGCGAAUCCAUCACCUACGAUCACCUCACCAGAUUGAAGUACCUCGAGAGUUGCAUCGACGAAACGCUUCGCAAGUAUCCGGUUAUUGCGUUUCUAAACCGUGAAUGCACCAAGGAUUACCGGGUCCCAGGGACGAACAAAACCAUCCCGAAAGGAACACCAAUCGUCAUUUCUACACUCGGACUGCAACGUGAUCCCAAUCUCUACCCCGACCCAAAUCGGUUUAACCCAGGACGAUUCAGCGAUCUGAAGAGUAAAAUCGCCGACAGGCCCAUCGGCAAAUACCUUCCCUGCCUCUCGUUCGGAGCAGGCCCGCACAUCUGCAUUGGGCAGCGGUUGGGCAAGCUGCAGAUUCUGCUGGGACUGAUCGCUGUGCUGUCAAAGUUUGAUGUCCAGCUUGCCGAAGCAAGUGACGGAGAGCUGAAGUUUAAUAAGCGGUCUAUUAUAACCUGUUCGGAGAAGCCGAUCUGUAUGAUCUUUACUGAGAGAAGGUCAUUUUAGUU